GCACCGGAGCAGAACAAGCAUGCGGAAUAAAGUAAUAAAAGAGUCGAGGAUGGAUAUGAAGAGACACCCAUGCUAAUCUGGAUGGUGAGGUGAAGAGAGCAAGGCAGUCUGCUGCCAGAUGCGUGUUGGCAACCGUGCCCCCUUUUAACACUCUCUGCAGCGCUGGAGACCCCUCCUGCUGGCCUCGUAGUGAGGAGGGGGCUGCUGAGUCCGCUGCUUCCAGCCCCCCCCCACUCCCCCCGUGCUUCUGCGCAGCCCCAUCCAAAGCUGCAGGGCUGCAUUUCUUCAGAGUAGCAAGAAAUCAAUACUGUGGGGUUGGCUCUUUCCCCAGCCGAGACUCUGGGCUGGCAGCAGUCUAUAUAACCAGGAGUAAGCUGCGCGAGUCUUCCUCUCCCUUUCUGGGUUUCGACGGCGCCAGAAGCAGGCAGGGUAAGGCGAGAAGAGACCCCCGCAGUGCCGCCGCCUCUCGCCCACCCUCCUCCCGUCGCAGCCCAAAGAGCUGGGGGUCGCUCGAGAGCGCUUCCUGCCUCUUGCUCAGGGAAAUGAGUGCAGCGGCUGCGGCCAGGGCAAGGACUGCGCCUCGGAGAUCCCUGGGCUGCCGCUGGGCGCUUUGAGAGCACGUUGUGCCAGCCAGGACACCGGCGUUGGAGCAUCUCUCACGGGGCUCGGCCGUGCCUGCCUGCCUGCCUCCUGCUUCUUGACUGCUCCUCUUGGGACUUGGUGAGCCGCUUCCCCAGUGGGCGCUGCGAUGCUCCCCUCUCCGUGCAAAGGGUCUCCCCUGCUGCUGCUGGGCGCUUGGCUGCUGUGGGCGCAAAGUUGCUUCUCUUUGCGAGUCCUCAGUGGUCAAAAGGUAUGUUAUGGUGAUUCAACACAUCCUUGCUACAAGAUUGCCUAUUUCCAGGAUUUAUCCAGACGUGUGGGUUUCCAGGAGGCCCGCCAAGCCUGUAUAAUUGAUGGUGGAGUACUUUUAAGCCUUCAAAGUGAAGCAGAACAGAAGUUAAUCGAGAAUAUGUUGCAGAACUUCACAAAAUCAGGCAAUGGAAUUGCUGAUGGUGACUUCUGGAUUGGGCUAUGGAGAAGUGGUGAGGGACAAGCUACAUCGAAUGCCUGUCCAGAUCUUUACCAAUGGGCAGAUGGAAGUAGUUCUCUUUUCAGAAAUUGGUAUACAGAUGAGCCUUCCUGUGGGAGUGAAGCUUGUGUUGUGAUGUAUCAUCAACCAACUGCAAACCCUGGCUUGGGAGGGCCUUAUCUUUACCAAUGGAAUGAUGACCGAUGCAACAUGAAGCACAAUUUUAUCUGCAAGUAUGCCCCAGAUGACAUCCUAGAAAAAGAAUUAGGAGACAGAGCAGUUCCAGAUUAUGAAGGCCAAACAACAGUGCCAGCAGGGAGGCCUCAUGAUACAAGCAAGCCAGAAGAUCAUAUUCCGGUGGUUGUGACUGAAACUGGGUUAAUUCCCAAUCUAAUUUAUGUUGUUAUACCAACUAUACCACUGCUGUUAUUGAUAUUAGUGGCUUUUGGGACUUGCUGUUUCCAGAUGCUGCAUAAAAGUAAAGGAAGAACAAAAACCAGUCCAGAUCAGUCUACACUAUGGAUUUCAAAGAAUCCAAGGAAAGACAGUAGCAUGGAGGUAUAAAGAUAUGACUGGAAAGAAAAGCAGGAAUCACAUUUUCACAUUCAGAUAAUGUCAUGUCAGAUAGUAGCUUGGAAUGGCUUGAAAUUGCAACGGAUCAGCAAAUUGAACUGGAAGCUCCCCCUUGAGGCAACUGUUCAGAUCGUUUUUUAUAUGCAAUGUUUCAUUUUUAUUUCAGUAGCAAAACAUGGCACUCUAAAAGAAAAAGAAUGCAUUUAUUUUGCUAAGAAAAAUGACUCCACUACAGAUAGUAAUGAGAUGGACAGAGCAUUUGUAAUAUAUAUGGGGAAAUGUCUACUGUAUGUGUCAGUUUUAAAACAAUUGUUUCUUGUUUAAAUCUAACUCUUUCUCUAUUAGUUACUCCAUACAUUGUAAUUUUUCUCAUUAAUUAAUGUAUUUUAAAUUCAGUUAAUAUGAAUUUACAGUGUAACAAAAUAAUUUAUCUUUGCAUAAAAAAUUGAUAAAAUAUUG